AUGGUGAUGAAAUUCAUGGUAAUUGUAGAGAAGGUGCUGAAGAUGGAAGUGUUGGCUGAUGGUGUUUGUGCUAUGACAAGACACAGAUUUACAUGGGAAUUUUGGAAUGUUUGGAUGCAUGAUGGUCUUUUAGAGUAUGGAGGAAUGUGGAGGUGUAAGAGAGCAAUGACAAGUGGUAUGAUGUCUGGUGCUUCUACUGACAUCAGAGAGUUGAUGUCAAGAUGUGGUCAAAGUGGUUUCUAUGAAGUCUUGGGACAUGGAUUGGGGGAGAAACCUUUAUGGAUCAUUUGUGACAACAAUGUAGAUGGUGAUGCAAGUGUUGAGGAUAUGGAGGUGUUCAUGCUGCUAUUAAUCAUACCUUGUAACAGUCCAGAAUUUUUUAUGGUAUCUGCUAUUGUUGUUGGGAGUUCUGAGGGUACCAGACUGCAUGUCAUCACCAUUCAGCAGAACAACUUGGGAUCCAUCAUUCCUUGCAGCAUGGGAGACUUGCUUACAAAUGUUUUCAACAUCUGCUCUACCAUGGUGACAGUCAAUAACCAUUGUUUGGUGGCAUUUUUGGAGCAGGAGUUGCAAUGGAGGGACCAAAGCCAAGUGACAUACCUCUUUGUUUUGGUGGAUAGUGACAACUAUCCCCUAAAUCUUCAUGCUGAGCAUGAUUUCAUGAUGGUGGCACAUGGUUUGAGAUGCUUCCAGAUCAUUGCCAUUGCUGUCACCACUGUGUGGGCAGUGGCCUGGGUCAUAUAG